CGGCACAGGUGAAAGCACGGAGGGGAGGGACCCGGGUAAACAGGACGAAGAGGAAAAGAAGAAGAAGGAGGAGGAGGAGGAGAAAGCGAACAGAAACUAAAGAUGACCAUGUUACACUAAUGGAUACACUCAAGCCCAGACGCUCCUAUUGUGGCCAGCUGACCUUGACUUGGCAAUGAGCGAGCCUGUGGACACAACGUCCCCCUCACUCUAAACAUCACAUAUGAGCGCCCUUGGAUACAUCUUUAUCAUUCAUCAGAAAUGGAGGCAGUAUCAGUGCCGUCACGUGAUGCUGACAGGCUCGCGGUUGAGGACCUCAGAGAGUCUGAUAUGCAGGAGGACACCCCAGACCACAAGGGGCCAGCAGACAAAGUCAAAUUCUAUACAUACGCUCAUCAGAGGCGGACAAGACAGAAAGUUGUGAGCGACUACGCAUCUAUGAGUAAGGGAGCGACAACAGCAGUCAAGCCCAGAGCUGCACUCAAACAAGUUUUUUUCAACCAGGGAGCGUCUGAUAGGAACCCAACAGCUGAGGAGCAGAGUCAGCUGGAUGUUCUCAAGCAGGAGCUGGAGGCCUUUGCUGUACCCGUCAGCUUGAAGUGGAGAUGGAGGGAGGAAAUUCGUGGAAGCACGUUGGAGAGGAACUGGACUGACAUUGUCAACUCUCACUCGAUAAUGUCACGGAUGCAGAGGUACCAGCAGGAAGCUCUGUGGGAGUUUGUGCACACUGAGCUCAGCUACAUCAACAGACUUUUCAUCAUCAAAGAUUUGGUGAUUGCAGCGUUGGUCAACUUGCACCUGCGUGGAUUCCUCCAAGAGGUGACCCCCGAGCUGCUUUUCUGCAACCUCCCCGCCAUCCUCAGCGCGCACCAACGGUUCUGGCAGGAAGUCAUUUUUCCCAUGUUACGGGAGGUCCGUUCCACAGGCAAGCCCUUUGACCCUGUGAGGUUAGAGGCUGGCUGCCUGCAUUUCCAUGACCACUUCUCUCAGUACCAGCAUUACUGUGCCGAGGAGGAAAACAGCAUUGAGUUUGCACGCAAGCAGAUGGAGAGCAACCCACAUUUCUGCACAUACGUCCAGUGGGUGGAGACUCACCCUCAGUGUCAGCGCAUGCGCAUCGGCGACAUGCAGGCCAAACCCCACCAGAGGAUCACCAAGUACCCCCUCCUUCUCAAGGCUGUGCUCAAAACCACCUUGGACCUUCGUGUGCAGCGCAGCCUUCGCAGUAUGUUAUCCAGCGUGAACACUUUCCUAGAGAGCAUCAAUGAACACCUGAGGGUGAAGGAUGAGGAGAUGGCGCUCUCCAUCUCUGCGCAGAGGCUGGAGGGAUAUGAGAUGGAGGGAAUAAAUGAGGAAAUUGACAAGCAUGUCCGAGAUGUCUGUCAGUUUAAGCUGACGUGCCCCAUUGGAGGCGUCAGUCCAGAGGUGGUACGCAAACUCCUCUUGGAGGAGAACCUGAAAGUCCGAGGCAGAAAAGACAGCAAGCUGGAGGUGGUGGCUCUACUCUUCUCAGAUGUUCUUCUCAUGACCAAAGUGCAGAAGAAAGGCGAACACCUGAAGGUGGUACGACCCCCUGUAGCCCUGGACAGGACCUACUGCAUUGCACUUAAGGAUAACUGUUCUUUUCUUCUGGUGGAGGUGGGGGAGCUUUGUUGUCCUGUAAAUGUCUAUGUAUUUGUAACAAGCACCCCAGAAAGCUGCUCCACUUGGGUGUCCACCAUUAAUCAGGCAAAGGCGAUGCUGGAAAACUUGAGGGAGGCCGAGAGGGGAAGACCCUCGGGGGAGAAAAGACCUCCGGUGGCUGAUAGGACAAAUGACGCAAAUGGUGAAGUCAUAGUGGCUCAGGUGGUAAACGGUGCUGAAGCAGGGCGUCAGGAUUCUGCUGGAUUGUCGCACCGGAGACUGGCCAUCAAGGACAAAGCCUGGAGAGAAAGACAAAGUGAGGUUCAUCAAGAUGAGGAACAGAGUCAGUCUCUAACUUGGAAGAACACUAAUCCAUCCACCGCUAAAAUAGUCGCAAAACAGAUUUCUGAAAAAGUCAUGGAUCCAUUCCUCCGCACUGCCACCCGGCCACGUACUCUUGUGCCAGGCGGUUACCCAGCUGUGGACUACCCAAUGGAUGACCUGAACACUUCAACGGAACCAUCAAAGAAGCAGCUAGCAGGAGAUUUCCAACCUGCUCACUAUUCCACCUGGCAAAAACACAAUCCUACACAGUUGGGAAACAUAGCGUUGUCUCCUGAGACUGAGAAUCUGAAGUCCGCUCUAUUACACAAGAAGACGGCAGUCAAUGCAAACCAAGACUCCCCACCUCAAACGGUGCAAGGUUCAAAGCCAACUUGGUCGGCAUCCAACAACUCCUCCUCCAAUUCCGAUUCUGACUCCAGCCUGAACACAAAGAGCUCCAAUUCCCACCUGGUGCUGAAGCUUGGCUCCCUAAAGCCCACCCAUGGCACCUUUUGGACUACAAACAACUCCAGAGUCUCACCAGACCCUCAGACCUUGUCUGAACCUGAACGGACAACACUUAGCUUUAACAAUAAAAAGCCCAGACUGAAAACCCAAAGGAGUGUUUCCAAUCCUACCACCGGAAUUCCAGAGGAGUCCUCCAGCAUGUCCGCUCCACCGUCUCCUCUGAAAGAUCUUCUGGAAAGGGCCAAGGGAAGAACGAGAGACAAAGAUGUUUCAAAAAGCCACAAAAACGUACCUAUGACCCAUUUAAAUCCCAGGUACCAUCCUCCUCCAUCUCCAUUGCUGUCCACCUCGUCAUCACCGUCCCCGACUGAUGGAGACAGAGACGCGGAGUGGGAGGAGGGAGGAGAGGUGCAGCUGCUCAGGCACCGAGCCCUCACGGUGAGUCAAGGAUGGAGGGAGCAACUGGUGGACGGAGAGGACGAUGACAAGAUGUACAGCCCUCUCUUUACAAACGGUGUCAACGUGGACUGGCCCGGCUGGUGCUUUGACGACAAGGAGGUGAUGAACUAUUUGCAUCCUGGAGGCAAAAGAGCUGCGGACGGUAUCAGUCAGUCGUUGGCGCUCUGUGAUCUUUCCGAGCAAGACUUGGGGCCGUAUAGUCAAGUGUAGUAAAGACACUGAGCUCAUCUUACAUAUUGGAACCUUUUUUGACUUGAAUGUGGUUUACAAAUAUGUCUGUGUCUGGUGUAUGUACAGGUACAGAACAUUCAUGUAACUUAUUUAUAUUGGUCAUUGUUUUGUGUAAAUAUAUUUGGAAUGUUUUAUUUCCUGUUUGUAUUACUAGUCAUUUCCCACAGAACCUACUUUUUUAUUGUGUAGUGAAUAAAACCAUUUCCCACUCUGUGUAAAAACACAUGUUCAUGUCUUUCUUUAGCAAACAUUGGUUCAUGUACAAAAAUAUACAAAACAACUGUCUCUAAGCCUCUGACGUAAUGUCCAUCCAUCCACUUUCUAUGCUGCUUAGGGUUGCGGGGGCAUGCUGGAGCCCAGCUGGCUUCGGGCGAGAAGUGGGGUACACCCUGGACUGAUCGCCAGCCAACGGCAGGGCCUCUGACGUAACGUGCCCUCACGUUUUCACAUGGCUUUUCUCUCUUUUGUCACGCUCGUUGGACUUAACGUGAAGAAUGGUCUCCAGUGCAGAGAACUGGAAGAUGCUUUUUCUCUGUCGGGCGGAAGAAACAAAUGGCAGUGAGCACAAUAACAGUAAAUGCAUUUAAGAUUCUGUGCAAGGUGAAAGAGAGCUGGAUGGAGUCACAUUAGAAGCAGCUAUGAAAAAGCCGGGUUACCAAAUAAUUGUUUAUCAUUUUGUAGUUAAUAGGUAGUUAAUAGAAAGCUUAUUAGUUAGUAUUAGUAUUAGUUUAUUGUAUAGUUUCAUUAUUUCUAUUGUUAAU